UCCCCGAGAGUCCCAGUUAGUCAGUAUGUUACCAACCACGGCUCGGGACUCACCCGACAAAUCGUAUCCGUGUGCUAUUUCCCGAGAAAACAGUACGCCUCGUGGAGUGAACUUUGCAGGGAUUCGAUUGAGUUGCAUGGUUUUGACGAAAAAUAACUCACGAUGAGAGAAAUUGAGUGGGCACCACUGAAUGUGCCCUUGCGACGCCGGCUGGAGACGCUCUGUGCCUUCGGAUGGAUGAGUCUGUUUCUGUUCGGUGAGCUCGGGAUGCUGUUCACCUAUUUAUACCUAUUGAUAUUCGGUGGACUGCUCGCGAAAACGUUCUGUCUCAUCUAUGGAGCGUUCAUCUACUACGAUCGGAAAGCUGGCGUCAACGGUGGACGAGGACAGGGCGUCAAAUGGUUCCGCAACCUGUUCUGCUGGAAGCUCUUCCAGACGUACUUCCCUGCCAAACUGCAUAAAACGGUUGACCUGCCCGCGGAUCGCAACUACAUCUUCGCUGCCUUCCCACAUGGUGUACUCAGUACCGGCUGCUUCCUUAGCUUCGCCACCGACACGACCGGAUUCUACAAGCUCUUCCCCGGCAUACGGUCUCGCGUUGUUACACUCGACUUCCACCUGCUGGUUCCGGUGUUUCGCGAGUUGUGUUUCAGCUGGGGUGUGGCAUCCUGCUCCUCGGAAGGAAUGACCCAUCUUUUGACCAGUUCCAACGACCCAAAGCACCCAUCCAACAGCGACGGAUACACAUCGAAUGCGGUGGUUCUGCUCGUAGGUGGAGCCGCCGAAUCCCUCAACUGCCGACCCAACAACUUUCAACUGGUGCUGAAAAAUCGCAAGGGAUUCUGCCGGAUUGCGUUGAAUACCGGAACGGCACUCGUCCCCGUCAUCAACUUUGGAGAGCUGGAUCUGUUCGACCAACCGCCCAAUCCACCGGGAUCGAGAUUGCGACGCUUCCAGGAGUGGGUUAAGGCUACUACGGGAAUUGCUCCGGCUGCGUUUGUGGGACGUGGAUUCUUCCAGUAUUCCUUCGGACUGAUCCCACGCCGAAAGCCCAUCAAUACAGUCAUCGGAGAACCGGUUGAAGUUCCAAAGAUUACCAAUCCAUCCAAGGAGGACGUCCAAUGUCUACACGAGCGAUUCUGCAAAGCGUUGGAUGCACUUUUCGAGCAACAUAAGAGCAAAUAUGUUGAAAAUUAUGAAAAUGUCAAGCUCAUUUUAGAGUAGCGAGGAGUGGUGAUAGUUUGUUACUUAGUUAUAAUUCAAAGUCCAAAGAGGUUCGACACAGAUAUGCUCCACUUGCACGUUUAUUUAUAGUCAUCACUAGAAUCAUACAGGUUAUUGCAGUAGUGUAAUACAAAGAAUAUUUGUAGAGUUUGCAUCAUCACCGAUUGUUAUUGUAGUAAAUGAAGGAAUUAUUAGGUAAAGAUACUGUUGUAAAUGCAGAAAUGAGUUUUUCAUUUUAGCUUAAGAAGUUGCAGAACAGAGGAAGAGUAGUGUUGCACGAGAUCCAUAUUUCCGUAUUUGUAGCCGAAGUAACCAGCCGCUGCAACGGCGGUGAUGGAACAGCAGUAUAAGACGCGGGUUAGAAUCUGAAUUGAAAAGAAAAAGUAAAUAAAAAAAUAAUUGUGAA